AUGGAUAUUAACACAGCGACAGUUUUUCUAGCCAUUGUGGCGGGAAGUUUAGCAGGUCCUGUGGCGCCUGUUUCCAGUAACUCGUGUGCAAGAGAGUGUACAGAUAACAGCAAGUUUCUGUAUCAGCCAGGGACGGUAUAUGAAUUUCUUUAUGAGGGUAAGACAUUCACUGGUAUACACGGGGCAUCAGAGGACAAUGCAGGUUUAAAGAUAACUUCUAACGUUUUAAUAGGAGUCAUUUCCAAGUGUGAAUUUACGUUGGAGCUAUCUGAUACAGUUUUAUAUGGAGCGGAUCCUGAUCGAUCAGUUCGACUAAGAAGACACAGUGAUACACGAGAAUUUAAAAGAGCUUUACAAAAUAACAAUUUGAGGUUCUCCUUCCAAGAUGGUGUCAUAGAUCAACUGUGUCCCAGUGAUGAUGAACCAACAUGGGUGCUGAACAUCAAACGAGGCAUCUUGUCCGCAUUUCAAAAUGGAAUGGAAUCUCUUGGCAGUGACCAUGAAGUCUCCGAGACUGAUGUGACAGGGAAAUGCCCCACCACAUACAAAAUGAUCCAAGACGGAUGGAAAACAAGAACAGUGAAGAAGACAAAGGAUAUGAGUGCCUGCCAAGAACGUCAUGGCUUCGAUAGUUCAGCUCACUCCAUGCUUUACAGAGUACCAUCAAGCAUACAGAGUUUACCUCUGAUGAAAAGUACCCAUGAAUGUAGUCAAGAUUUUAACGUUCAAGAGAAAAUUUUAAAACGCAGCGUCUGUCAUGAGAUUCAUUUGUUCCGUCCAUUUUCUAAAGAAGACAAUGGCGCUACCACAGAAGUAGUACAGAAGCUCACAUUUGUUUCAAGUAUCAGCAGAUCUGUUAUGCAAGCUGACAUCAACAGAAGGGAGACCAUUUUAUUUGAGCAUGAAGGUGGUGAGCGAGGGACGACAGUGGAUUAUCAGUCUGCCUUAUCCAAACUCAGUGAGCUGUGUACAUCCACACAGACAGACAUUCGUCCAGAAACACCUAGGGAAUUUUCAGAGCUGGUAUAUGAACUGAAAAAACUGGACUCUCUUUCUCUUAACUCCGUCUUCAGACAAGUUAGUGAUCCAAGCUUUUGUCCUGGCAACUCAGACCGUGUCAAAAAAUUUUACUUGGAUGCCAUUCCUAUGGUCGGCACUGGAGCAGCAGUUAGUCAGAUCACAGAGAGAAUUAUGAACAAUGACAUAUCUGCCACAUUUGCAGAAAUGUGGCUAGCAUCCCUUUCAUUUGUUCAACAUCCAACCAAGGAAAUGCUUGCAGAAGUUUUGAGACUACUGGACAUGCCCAAUGGUAACAAGGUGAUCCUUCCAGUGUCUGCCCUGGUUCACAGCUACUGCAGGGAAAACCCACAAUGUGGAGAUGAUAUGGAGGUAGAUGAUAUCAUGACAUGGCUGGAAAACAAAAUUGGUCGUAACUGCCAAUACACUGAUGAUACAUACAUGCAGGUACUGUUGUCCCUGCGAGCUGUCGGUAACAUUGGUCUUGCUCAAUCAGCCAUUCCGAACCUCAGUCAAUGUUUCAAGUCCGUCCAAGUUACCAUGGAGAUGAGGCUGGCAGCCGUAGAGGCAUUCAGGAGAUUUCCAUGCACAGCUGAUAGGAGUGAGCUUAUGAUGCUAUACAAAGACAACAGUGAGGAUUCAGAGAUCAGGAUUGCAGCUUAUCUAGAGGUCAUGAAGUGUGCUAGCUCAGAGGUCAUUGCUGAGGUCAAGGAGGUUCUUGCCACAGAGGAGGUGAACCAGGUGGGAAGCUUCGUUUGGACUCAUCUGACCAACUUGAUGGAAACAUCUGACCCCACCAAACAAGAUAUCCGUGCCAUCCUUGAAGAUGAAGUCCUACAAAGAGAGUUUGACAUGGACAGAAGGAAGUUCUCACGUAACUACGAGAUGUCAUACUUCUCGGAGAAAUUUAACUUGGGUGGAUCGAUGGAGAGCAAUCUUGUCUGGUCACCGAAGUCUUUUGUUCCUCGAUCAUUGAUGGCGAAUCUAACAGUGGAUCUGUUUGGUCACUCCUACAAUUUGUUAGAGAUUGGAGGUAGAGCUGAAGGUCUGGAACAUCUCCUGGAAGCCUACUUUGGUCCAUCUGGUCAUCUUCGUAAAAACAAAGCUUCAUCUCCAGCCCCAGAGAUGCCAAUUAAUAAAGCUUUAAAUAUGAACAAGCUGAAUAGAAUGGGAAACACUCUUGACUCUGAUGAAGACCUUCAAGGUUCAAUGUACAUGCGUGUGUUUGGAAAUGAAGUGAAAUAUCUGAACUUGAAGAAGAUGCAGGACUCUGAUAACAACUUGAACAACUUUGACUUUGAUGCUUUCUUCACCAAACUGAUCCGUGAUGGGUCUGUAUCCUACACCUACAGUGACAUGUUCCUGGACAGUUCUCUCAUUAUUCCUACACUGAUAGGUUUCCCUCUGAACCUGACAGUCAACGGCACCCUGACCACUGGACUGACAGGCACGGGACAGAUUGACCUGCGCAAACCAAAGUCCCUGAUGUUGAUCAAUGGAAACAUAGAGCCAAGUGGAGCUGUUGCCAUCUCUGCGAUGAUGAGUGUAGAUGCAUUCAUCACCAAGGGUGGAAUGAAAAUGGUGUCCACCUUACACACAAGUACUGCUAUUAGAGGAAAACUGGAGCUAGCCAACAACAAAGACUUCACUUUGGAACUAGAUUUCCCUCGCAAGAAGUCGGAGGUCAUCAACAUGGAGUCUUCAUUCUUCAUGGUGCAGGGAGAUCAGGUAAAGGCACAGAACAUGUUAGACAGCAAUGUUGUUAAAACCUCCUUCUGUACAGGAAACACGUUAGCCCGCAUAACUGGCCUCAACACCUGUGUCAGGGCUAGCUUCCCAAACGUCUCUGACAAUGCUCCAUCGUUUCCCUUCACCGGACCAGUCUCUGUUAAUGUUGAGACCAUAAAUGAGGACCUGCCCAACGGAUAUCAGUUUCAGCUGAGGAGAACAUCGACUGAUGAGCAGACAUUGUUUCUGAUCUCUUACGAUACACCAGGGUCUGUCAGGGACCGAGCUGUUAGUUUUAAUGUUGACAUUAGACACGUUGAUAGAACCAUGGAACUUAACCUGUUGUCACCAUGGAAGAAAGCUAGAUUUACAGGUAAUUAUUACACCAAACCUUCAUCAAUUCAAUACUUCCGACGCUCUGAUGUUCCUCAUGGAACAGGAGUCUUCAGAGGUAACCUGGUGUACACUGAAUCCUUGAAGAAGAUUGAAGGUAAUCUGGUAAUGGAUUCCAUUAGAACAUAUGGUGCUGUCUUUGAACUGAAGCGACAAGAGAAGAGGAAAGAAGUCAACUACAUACCACGUAUCCAGAUUACAAUACCAGGCAAAGAUGGUUUCAGCUUAACAGGAAGAGUGGACUAUGUGAAGCAGACAUCCUUGACUGCAGAUUUGAUGUUAACUGGAACUCAUGAAGAACCCAUCCAUAUGAAUGGUGUCCUCGUCAGUACUGGAAGACGUAAGAAGGUGGAAUGGAAUGUCCUGAUUGGAGAUACCAUCACAUUUGCAGCACUUGUAGAUGUACCCUUCACAACAUCUGGAAACAUAGUUAAGCUGAGUCCAGUGAUUUCGGCCACAAUACCAGGUCACCAAGAGUACAACAGCACAGGAGUCCUGGAAUAUCGUAAAAAGAAGAUGAUGAAGGCAGACAUUACCGUGAAUGGUUUCACAGAGGAUCCAAUGACAUUCCACUCAAUUGUAAAAUUCACAUCUGCUGAAAAGGGUGUGAAGGUAAAAUUCAGCUAUGAAAAGAACAAGAACUACGAGGGAGAGGCGAAGAUUAUGAUCAAACAAAUGAAAUCUAAAUCAACACAGUACCUGGGACAUGUUAUAUUGAAAACCCCAACCAAGUUCCUGGCACAGAUCAAGUCCCGCCUUGUCCACAAAGUUGAUGCAUCAGCUAAAUUUGAUCUUGUUGUUGAUAAAGUUCUUAAGGUUCCCAUCAAAAUCAAAGGCUUGGUUACAAAAAUGACGAAGAAACAAUUACGAACGUUUUACAGAGUAACAGUACGCUACACUGGUCCAAAGAAAAGUGAUGUCCGGGUUAAAUUUGAUGUUGACAAGCGCCAAAAUGCUGUUUUCAUGAACAUCAAAUUUUCCUAUAAUCUACUGAAACUUAUACAAGGAGCAAAGGACCAGUUGGACUUCAAUGGAAAAAUAGUUCGCUCGUUAAAGGCAGUACAGUCAUACGAGUUAGCUACAAAUUUCAAAUCAAGUAGAUUUGGUGUUUACAACAACAAGAUGAACGUGAAAGGAUCGUACCGACCUGGAAAACUUGCGGAAGCUGUCCUUGUGUUUGACCAUGGCAGAAAUUACCUCAACAAAGACAAUAAGAGAAGAGUGUCCUUUAAUGCACAAACAAGCUAUAAGGUCAAGAGUCCAAAUAUAGCAGUGGCUUACUCCUUCAGCUGUCGAUAUCCUUGGCAGGCUCUAAUUGUCACUUUAGAUGGUAACCAUUUCCACAACCAACAGGAAGUUAACUCCAGUAUUGCCAUAACACAUAACACUAAACAGCUGUUUGAUGCAGCAAUAAGCUACAAUGACAACAGCCAGAAAGGUAUGCCAAGCUACGCAGGGGAGAUAGCAAUGAAUGUUGAUGGUCGACCAAUAGGAAUCAAUGCCAGAGUAUCUGAAAUUAGAGCUCAGGAAUAUGAGGGAACAAUCAGUGUUCAGCAUGAAAGGAAAAAGAUAACAACUGUCUCCACAAUUUACAAAGCACAAAGUGACAGGGAGAAUUCAUAUGAAGUGACAUCUACAUUGGAACUGUAUGAUGGAAAGCGAACUGAGGUGACUGCUAUUUACACCAACCCCUCUGACACAUCUCACAGACUAAACACAGCUGUCCAGUGGUAUGACGGAACAUCCUUCACAAGUCAGGGGGCACUCAAUGUAGACAGUGGAAGCCCACUGGCUAGUCUAGCUUUUGCAUUUGGGUCAAACAGUUAUGCCUUGUCUUUGAGUGGUGAGAACAAACCUGGAUACCGACGUGUAGCCAGCGAUGUCCAGUACCCAAGCAGGCAUAUUGUUGUGGAGUUGGGAGCUGGUAUGAAACAAAACAAAUACAUGGUUCUGGGAGAUGUUCAAUGGGAUGCAGAUAACCAUGCUGAUAGUAGAGUCAAGGUUGAAGGCACUUACAGAAAUGAAGGAGCUAAGAACUUUGAGACUGGCGUUCUUGUUCAGGUACCAAAUCAUCUGUAUUCUGCAUUCAUUCGCCAUUUGAGUACCACUAAAUACAACACUGCUAUAGAAUUUGCAUGGGCUCCAACUAAAAAGAUUGGAGCAGAAUUUGAAUUUGAGAACAGUGUUCGUAAAUAUCGCACAGAUGUCAAAGCUAUGGCUGGAUUUUCAACUCCAUUUGAGAAGUUUGAAGAGAUGAAGACCACUGUCACUUACAACACCAACAAGAGACAGGUUUCAUCUUCAAUUGCUUUUAAAUAUGCAAGAGAUAAAACUCUGUCAUUAUCUGUCACUGCAAAGAAGCCAGUCACCAUCAACUCUGUUAACCUCAAAUUUAUCCUUGGAACGACUCAUCCAAGAAUUGGCGAGGCAACUAUGACCAUUUCUCACUUACUGUCCAAUGACUACACCCACCACACAGCAGAGAGUACAUUGGAGUGGGGAUCUGGAAGCAGGGCAUACUUGGAAACAGCAUCUGACUACUCAUUGAGGAGGAAAACAAGAUCCUUCAGGCGUGAUAUUGGAUUUGUUUCAAACAUUCCUACAUGGGAACUAGUUACACUUAAUAUCACCCAUUUAGAUGACUUUAGGCAAUUUGACUCCAAGGCUGUCUACAACAGGAACAAGGAAAUCUAUCAUUAUCACAUGAUUCACGAUUUUACAAUAAGUGGCAGUCAGGUCCAAAACUCUGGAACUUUCAACAUUACAUCUCCUAAAGAUAGUCUGCAUUUGGUCUGGUCCCAUGAAAACACAGAUCGGAAUAUUGACAGUAGUGCUACCAUUUCCUGGAACAAUGGCCAAAGGUUUGCCACAUCAUUGUAUGGAGAUAUACAGUACUCCCCUACCAUGAGGAUUACAGGGCGUUUUGAUGCUGAAAUACCUUCAACAAAAAUCAGUCGUAUAAGAGCUAGGUUUGAACACGCUGAUCGUCCUGGGAAGAUUAACACAAGUGGUCACAUUCAUGCUGAUGGAGAGAACAUCAUAACUGUGGAAGCAAACUAUGGUCGCCAACUUGGCAGUGUUGAUUAUGACAUGCAGGCGACAAGCAUGUACAUGUCACAUGAUUUUACCACCACUUUAAAUACCAGACAUGCUGUAAUGCCAUACACGGGACAGUUAGAAAUUGAAUGGGCCCCAGAACAGAGAAUAAACAUGGCUGGAAACAUGAAUUUAAUUCCUGAUAUGAAGAAAUUUGAUGGCACUUUGACUUUAACCUGUCCUUUCAAAUAUGCCAGAAAUGUUGUAAUCACAGCCUCUCAUAAAUUGGAAGGCUUAGAGUGGGUAGCUGCUACUGAUGUUGAAUUUUCACCUCGGAUAAAAUUAACAUCAGAGUUUAGAUACCGUAUGGAUGAACUUGUCAAGAUGGGUAGGUUUACUUUGACUGAACCAAUUGCAAACAAAUUAAGAUUAGAUGCCGGAGUACAGUUUAGCGGACAUCCAAUGGACUUUGCUGCAGUUGGAAAUCUUGAAGCUUUUCCAUGGGUACAAAGGCAUGAGCUUUCUGUCAACUGGCUGAUGAACAAGAUACAACUUAACGGAGACUUCAAUUUCAGAAGUAAUGCUUUCAGCUAUGCAAAUGCUCAAGUUUCCAGUAAUAUGAUGGGUACCUCCAGGACCAGUAAGUUGGCAUUAGAGUUUAUGGAUCAAAAGAAGAUGCGACCUCAGAGGAUGAAUCUAGUGUCUGACUACACAGUUCAUGAUGAUGUCAUAGAUGGAACAAUCAAGUUUGUUUGUCCAUACACCAGGCCUAUAAAUAUCCAAUACACACAAACAGGAAACUUUCAUAAUUUCAACCAAAGGUCUACAAUUAGGUACAAUGGGAAUCAACAGAUAGUUUCAAACUUGGAAUUUGGUGACAAUCCUAAUAUUUUUGGAAAGUUGACCUUGAAUACUCCAUACAGAGGAACAGAAGAUGUUGAGGUAGGAUUUGUUCAUGAUGGUACGGAAUGGCAGAAGUUCAAGACUGAAGCUGUUUAUGGUACUAAUGGCAAGAAGAUUGUUAUAGAAGCUGGUUUAAAUGUGGUGGAUGCCAUCAUGGGAAAGGUUGCAAUCAAGAGUCCAUUCCCAGCACUGCAGAUUGCACAAAUUUCCUUGAAUCAUGAUUUGGAGGGUGCAACACUUACCACCCAUGGAGAUGUGAUCUUCAAUGAAUAUGUAAUAGAAGGGGACACAACUCUUCGUCAUGAUUCUACUGUUACCAUAGGGUCGUUUAUUUUCAGGUCACCCAUACCUCAUGCAGAAGAGCUCAGAUUCGCCUUCAGCAAAGAUGGCAAUCCUAAUAAAUUCAUGGUUCACGGAGAGGCAUUCAGAAAUUCAGACAAAGUAGAAGUUGAUGUCAACUUUGAGCACAAUGAUAGGACCACUUCCGGUACCAUGUCUGGCAGAACAAAUUUAGACAAUGUUGAAGAUGUAACUGUAACAUUCAGCCGAGGAGGUGAUCUCACUGACUUCACUGUUGAAAACUCUGUUAGGUAUGGAGAAGAUAAGGUUGAAUCCUUGCUGGGAUUUUCCCACAAUGAUCAAAUGACAACAGGUAGGCUGGUAAAUCAAGGUCUUCUUGGUUUGUUUGUAACCGCUGAAGAUGAGGAUUUCUCUGUUUCCUUUUCAAGGAGAGGUUCAUGGUUCAAUUUCCAAAAUAAGGGAACGGUGAGAAUUGGCCAAAAAACAUAUGAAAGUACAGUCGAGUUAGCUCACAACCAAGAAGAAACAACAUGUAAAUGGAUUAUUCCCAUCCCAGUUGGCGACAAUAUUCAGUUAGCAACAGUGACUGUAAGUAGAGAAGGUCAGCUUAAUGACAUAACAGUUAAUGGAAAAGUUGAAUAUGAACAGAAGGAGGUGGAAUUACGGUCAGGCUUUUCUCAUGCACAGGAAAAUGUCAACUUCAGAUUCAACUUAGAAAGUAGCUUCCCUGAUGUAAAACCCAUGAGGAUGACUUUGUCCAAGGAAGGUUCCAUUCCCUAUGACUUCAGAACACAUGGUCUCUGGAUGUACGAUCAGGAAACCAUCGAGUUUGAAGCUUUACUUUCUUUGAAUGCUAAAUCUUUGACCAGCAAAUUUUCAAUAACUAGCAAUGCUCCAGGAAUCAAGGAUAUUACAUUCAUACUAACAAAUCAAGGUACACUUGCUGAUGGCCUUAAGUCUGAGUUGAGUUUUGUUAUUGGAGAUGACAGGAUUGGAUCCAAAUUGGAAUACUCACAUUCUGAAUUAAGCACUACAGGAAAAUUUGAAUGGGAAGGAUUUGUACCAGUAAUGUUGUCCUUUUCAAGAACUGGAGGUUUAAUGGAUUUACAAACUCAAGUUAUGGCAGUGUAUGGUCCACACAGUCUGCAGUCGGACUUGCUUUUCAACCAUGGAGACACUGAAACAAGAGGAUCAUUCAGCACAACUAACAACUUCCUGGAGAGAAAAUCAAUGAAAGUUGUUUUCUACAAAACUGGUGGCUUGGAAAAUUUGAAAGCUGGUGGGCGAAUUGAAUGUGAUGAUGUUAACUUUGCUGCAACAUUUGGACUUUCUCAUGACAGUAUUACCACAACAGGAUUGUUGAAUACCACAUGUACAUUGGAGCAAGUGAAAGAUUUGAAAGUUUCCUUCACUAGGACAGCUAGUCGCAGAGUUGACUCUAUUUCUGGAGAAAUUGCAUAUGGGACACAUUCUUAUACUGGAAAGUUCGAUAAGAAAACGAAAGGAGAUGAUGUUGUUGUAACAGGUGUUGUAACCAAUCCACAUACAGAAGACAUCACUUUCAACAUUGAUUACAAUUCCCGUAGAUAUGGAUUCACUUCUACUAUAACAGGAAGCAUGGGAGAUGACAAUAGUCUGCUAUCUACAACAGAGUUCACUCGUAAAGGCAAUGUGUUGACAUUUACUGGAAACACUGCUCUGACAGUGAAAGGAGAAAAUGUUUUGACAGAGACAUAUAGGCUUAACCAUAAUGGAGAACCCACAGAUUUCAGAACAAAGGCUGUUUAUGUUUAUAAUGGUAAGAAAUUUGAUGCCACUUUAACGGUGCAGGCUCCUUCUGUGGACAGUGCAGUUUUGAAACUUAUUGCAAUAACUCCUUAUGAUGGCUACAGGAAUAUGUUAUUAACAUUUGGAAACACCAAGAGUGGGUCAACCCACAGAAGCAACCUGGACAUAACCUACGGCAGUAAUACCAUAGCAGCAACAUCUGCAGUUGACAUUGAGUCUCCUCAGAAAACAAUUAAUAUCCAGUUUACUUCUCCAUAUGAAGGUGCAGAAUCUGGAAGUUUAGAAGUAACACAUCGUGGAGGAAGUGUGACUGACUUCCAAACCAUUGCUGUUCUUACUGUGUCAGGUUUGACUACACCUGUGCGUGGUGAAGUAAUGUUUAAUUACAAUACAUUUACCAACAUUGAAGCCUCGACCAAGUUCAGUUACGGGGACAUGAACAGACAGGCAGAAUUUAUGUUUCAGCACCAGGAUAUGCAGUUUGCCACUCGUGUUAACGCUCAGUCUCGAGCAAAGACCAUAAAUUUUGAAGCGAGUGGAAACAUUCAAUUUCCGGCGAUAAACACAAAUGAUGAAGAUUCUAGUAUUCAGUUUAAAGCAAAAUUGUUAACUCCUUUUGAAUCCAUCCGAAAUGCAGAAUUGCAGUAUGUUUCACUUAAUUCAAGGCCAAGAAACCAUAUAAUAGAGAAUAUUUUGAUGAAACACAACGAUUUGAUUUACUAUCAGAGAAAAUCAUUAUACAAUGUUAAGAAUGGUGUGAUUAAUGGUUCUUUCUCUGAGUCAAGUGAUGUUUAUGCUUGCGGAUAUUCUUACAAAUUCCUUCUAGAUCUUCCAUCGACAACUGUUAAUGUAGAAGCAACAGGAAGUUGGGAUUUGACAUUACCGGAGAGUAGCUAUCAGAUAAUGGGUAAUGCUUCGGUACAGAAAACUGGAGACACUAUUGAGUCAGUGGAGGCCCACCUGCAGGGUGUUCAUGUAUCACGUACAGUUUUAGUGAGAGGAGGCUGGACCAAGAAAUUCCCGAUGUUACCAAACCAUAUGGAGGUCAGUUGGGAUGAAAACAAAGGACAAAAAGCUGGGUAUAAUAUCAAAUGGGGAAAAGUCAACCAGCUGGUUAAGGUCAUGUCUCCUGUGAGGUCGUUGGAGAUGAGAGGCAGACAUGCAGACAAGCAACCAACUAAGGUACGGGAAUACGAGUUUUUCUGGGAUGCAGACAAAGAUAGGACCCAAAAAGUUGGUUUAAGAUUAGAAACUGCACCAGACCAAAGGAGAACUGUUAGAUUGGGGCUCAACAUCCCUACAACUAAUGGAGUUAAGGAGUUUUCUGUGGUGAGUGAAUUUUCCAGACAAGAGAGUGGUCACUAUGACAGUAGAACAGAAUUGUCAUACUCCUCUGACCCCUCAAAGACCAUAGUGCUGACUUCAAGUUAUGAUGACCUGUCCCAAGGAGAGAACGAAAACUGCAGUUUGAGCUUCGGUCUACGUCAUGCCCACUCUAAUGUUGAUGUAUCAGCUAUUGGUCACAUCGCAUCGGGUCCCCAAAAACAAUCAACUGGUAUUAGUGUGUCAACCACCACUUCAAAUAGCCAAACAAAGAACCUCUUCCUCAUGGGGGAAAUUGAUACGCUGCGUAAGCACAUGAAUGUAAUGGCCAUUGGUCCAUCAAAGUCAGUGGGACUGAUGGGACAAGUUAGCGAUUCGCCAAAGAAACUUACUAUCCGUAGCACACAUGAUGCUGAAAAUUUGAUAGAUGUAGAAGUCUCCUUUGAUCAACAGAACAAGGCCCUUAAUAUGCAAACAAAAUAUGAUGCAGAACAUCCAAAUAAUGUGUUACACCUGAGGACCCAAUACACAGACAAUAUAGACUUCACUGCUGAAAUGUACCGUACUGGUGACUUCCCUAGGCUACCUGAAUCCCUCAUCAAGCUUCGUCUGAAAAGCUCACGUCUACUACACACCAAAGUGCAGUGGAGGCCAGAAAUGCUGUCAGAUCUCAUGGGCUACAUUGCUGACACCCUUCAGAAGUAUGGAAGUGAAGCGGACACAAUGCUAGCUGAGAUGUCCCAACUGGUGGGAAAUGAACUGGAGGACCGAUACAACUUCCUCAGCAAUGAUAUCACAGUGGAACUGGAACCUGUUGCUCAACAGUAUGCUGAAGAGAUUGAAGUAAUGCAUGCACAAUUGCGGAAGUUCAAGCAAAGACUUAAUCAGAUGUAUAGAAAUAACGAUUUUUAUCUCCGUGAUGCAAAUCAACAGAUGGAAGGCAACAUUCGUAAAUUCAUUGUCCGGUAUGGCCAGGUUGUUUCUGCAUUUGGUCAGUCAGUUAGAACCAUGAGGCAGAGAACGGCAGAAAUUACCAACAAAAUCCAGACGUUCCCCUUCGAGGAAAAAUACAAUGAAAAUGUCAAUGAGGUGAUUGCUAGCUUGGAGGAGUACAGAAUACAACUUGAAAACACUCUAAACAGUGAAAAGGAAGUAAUGGUAGCCAAGGUGACAGAAGUUCUUGAACAGUUGAGGGAAUAUCUGGCCAGUUUGUCAGAUGAGUUGAGUCUGAUGCUAUCACAAACAUUGGAUGAUUUGGUUCAAUAUCCGAAUGUGCAGAAAGCAAAACAUCAUUUAGAAGAAGUUUUGACAUACAUUCCUGAUUCACCUGACCUACCAGAUAUUAACUAUCAGGCAUAUCUUGCCAAAAUACACAAUACAAUGAAGGCAGUUCUUGGCAGCAUGAAACUGGCAAAGCAUUACGACCAUCUGGUGCAGAGAACUCAGAAAGCCUUCAGUGACCAGAUUGAUGAACUCCUACAGGACGAGGAUAUAUCAAGUCUCAAAAUCCUGAUAGGAGAAUUUUAUACCCAGCUCACAUCUGUUGCUAAAAACUGGCCAUUGGCAUUAAACAUGCGGGAAAUUUCCUCAGACCUUUAUGAAUAUGGUCGGGAAUUUAUCACUGAAGAUAUUGGAAAACUGAAGAUCCUUGACUGGCAUAAAAACCGCAUCAUUGUCUUUGAUCCCGAGAAUGGACACAUCGAGUUUGAAGUUUUCCUACCGUCACCAAGAACAGCUCUGGACAGAAUUCCAAAAUUCAAUUUCAAGAAAUAUGUUGCUGGAUUCAAGAGAGCUUGGGAAAAGCAUAUAGUUCAGCUGCGUGACUUGUCAUUCUGGGAUAUCUAUUACAAAUAUGUGCCAUCCUGUAAUCCCAGGGACUGGAUACCACCAUUUAAAGCUUAUGCUGUGGUUGCUGGAAAUCGUCAUUACAUAACGUAUGACAACAAGAAAUAUGACUUUGCGGGAAUGUGCAGUUAUGUACUUGCACAUGAUUUUCAUGACAAGAACUUCACUGUGGUAGUCAAUUUCAACCGCAACAGACGGAUGCCUGCAAUCCGUUCAUUGUUAGUGAUGGCUGGAGGAAAGAAUGUCGAAUUGAGUGAUAAUUUUUAGAUUCGUGUUGACGGACGACCUUCAGAGCUCCCAUUCCUUCAUGAAGAACUAAGCGUUGAGCGUGAUGGAAACCACGUGAAACUGAAUACUGGCAGAGGUCUAGAAAUCAUUGGUGAUGUGGAACAUGAACACUUCAUUGUCGGUAUUAGUGGAUGGUACUUUGGUAAGGUAGCUGGUUUGCUAGGCACCUACGACAACGAACACUUUGAUGACAUGAUGAAAAUUGAUGGUACACUUACAGACGAUGUUGACGCUUUCAGUCAGUCCUGGCAAGUCAACAAACGUUGCCGAGUGCAAGGUAACAUCAUCAGUCAGGAAACAUUUGAUGAGGAUUCCACUGGAUAUAGUAAAUGCGCAGCUCUCUUCAAGGAAUCCACUUCUCCUCUCAGACCUUGCUUCAAACAGGUUGACACAGAGUAUUUCAUGCACAUGUGUCUAUCUGGCGUCCAGAGAGGCGAACUUGUGUGCGAUGUCGCCUCUGUGUAUGUAAAAUCCUGCCAAGCCCGUGGUGUUAGAAUGUGGCUACCUCAGCAGUGCAUCCAGUGUGAGACUCCAACAUCAGAGAGAUACAAUGCAGGGGAGACAAUCAAAAUGUACCCAGCAAGUGACGACUACCAAGUUCCUCAGUCUGCAGAUAUUGUGUUUGUUGUGGAAAGUCGCCAAUGUAACAGUGAAGCCACACAAAACCUUGGCAGUCUUGUGUACAAAAUAGAUCAAGGCCUCACCCAGUCAGGAAUGGCUGGUAAUAGGUACGGUUUGAUCAGCUAUGGCAAGAGGGGAGCCAGCAGCCACACAAUUGAAGGUUUGUUCCUCAAUGAUGCCACCAAAUUCACUAAGGGUGUGGAGACAUUGACAUACAAUGAUGAAACAGCUGAUUCUCAUGAUGCUAUCCUAACUGCGACCAACUACCCAUUCAGAACAGGUGUAUCCAAGACCAUUGUCCUCGUACAGUGUGAUGAAUGUCCAGAAGUCAGCCCCUCCAUACAGGACCAUCUGAAACACAUCCUCCGUACAAGGGACAUAACUCUGCACAUCUUGCGUGACCAGCAAUUCAGAUUAGAAAACAACCGUAUUCCAAAGCAUAAAAUCCUCGGAGUGGACAGCUCAAAUAAGUACAUGCUGGACCAGAGCCAUGCUAACUUGUACGACAAUAUGGCCCUUCCCUCAGACAGCUGUUCCACCUUAUCUCUGGAAACCAAUGGCACCAUCUUUGAUUCCACCGGAUUCGCCAGCCGCAGACUGAAGGACAGGAGGAGGUUUUCAGGGAUCAUUGUAGACAGUGUUGCUGCCUCAGCUGUGCCUCAUGAAUGCCAAGUCUGCCAUUGUGUGUCAGACCACACUGGAGCUGCUAUGUCUGUGUGCAGGAAAUGCUCCAAUGGAUUUUAUGAUUAUCUGCCACAGAUGUGGAGCAACAUUUAA